AUGAUUAUGAUUUAUGUACCACUUAUUCUUUUGAUAGCCUACUUUGUUUGGGAUCGCUAUUUCAGAGUUAAACUUAGAAUUAAUUUCUAUGAAAAAUAGGGAAUUCAGUUUCCUGCAGGUUUUGUCCCAAUUUUCGGUAGUUAUCCAAAGAUAAUGAAAUUUAUGGAAUAGCACACGACAAAUAAAUAUCCAAUCAUUGAUUUCAUUAAUUACGCCUAAGGAGAAAAUCCUCCAAUAUAUACAGGGAUGGUUUUUGGAAAAUAAAUGUGUAUAAUGAUUAACAGACAUGAACCAUUGUAGGAUCUUUUCAUUUCUAAAAAUAAAUUUUUCGACAAAAAUCCAUUCUCUGCCAAUUUACUUAAAUAAACUUUAGGAGAUAGUCAUGUCUUUCUAAAAACAAAUGAACUUUGGGCUAAGAAAAGAAAAGUCAUCUCUGCCUCACUCUAUAAAUAAAAGCUAGUGCAAAUGGUAGAGACAAUGAAAGAUAUUGCUAGUGAAACAAUGGUAGAGUGGGAAAAGCAAGGAGAGUUAGAUGUUGUCACUGAGAUAGCAAACAUGAUGAUGAGGAAUAUUUUGGCAUGUGUUUUUGGAAGAUAUAAUGACAAUCCUUCAGUCUAAUAUAAAGAGAAUGGAGAAAUCAAGCAACUUAAACUUGGAUAAAGUAUUCAAUAAAAUAUAGGAAAGGGUUUAGAACGUGAAUUCUAACUACAUCUUAUGCUUUUUCCAGAGCUCUACAAUUAAUAUAUCUCUAAGUAAGAUAGGGAGCUUGUUUUCAAUGUUGACUAAGGCAAAAAUUACAUCUUAGAUUUAAUAAAGAGCAAGAGAGAACAAUUUGCAAAGACUGGUAAGUAUGAAGGAGAUGACUUAUUGUCUUCCCUUCUCUAAGAUGAAUUAUUCUAGAAUGAUGACUAGAUGAUUAUUAAUGAGUGUUUGACCUUCUUUUCAGCUGCUGCCUAAACCACUGCAGUAUCUAUCACUAAUUUUCUCUGCUAUAUGGCUUAAAACUAACAAUAGGAGGAGAAAUUGAGAAAUGAAUUGAAUACUGUACUUAAGAACUUUGGGAAAGAAAAUGAAAAACUUGUAAAGGAACUGAACAUGGAGAUAAUUGAAGACUUUAAUUAUUUGAAAUACUGCUUUUACGAAGCUAUUAGAAUAGAGCCACCCAUUGCCUUAUCUUCUAGCUGUCAAGUUAAUGAAGAUAUGGAGAUGUCAGGGGUAACUAUUAAGAAAGAUGAGGUGUUAAUUGUGAAUAUUCAUUAGAUUCAUCAUAACUCAGACUAAUGGAUUGAACAUGAUAAAUACAUUCCAGAGAGAUUUGAUCCUAACUCAAAAUACUUCCUUACCCCUGCAGGAACUCCGAGACAUCAGACUUCAUAUAUCCCAUUUCUUGGGGGAAAGAGAAUUUGUCUUGGCAAAACUUUUGCUGAAUAUUCAUUUAAGACUAUAGUACCUAUCAUGAUGAGUGGCCGUAAAUUUAGAUUGACAAAUGAAGAAUAUCUAACAUCAAAGCCACACUACGAUGCAAUUAUGUUCAAGAAACCAGUAAUCAGAAUGAGACUAGAAAAAAUAUAAAAAUGA